AUGCUCCAUGCAAACGAAGAUCUGAUGUGGCAGUCUGUUUUUGCUGCCCUGGAUCUCGUGGUUUCAACAAUUUCGCCUCGCAAACUUCUGUACUUGGCGGCUGAUGGGGUUGCACCCCGUGCCAAGAUGAAUCAACAGCGUGUUCGUCGCUACAGAGCCGCGAAAAGUGCACAAGAGGCGGCUGAAGCGCAGGCGAAGCAGAGCCGCGCGACGGCAAAUGUAUUUCAAAUAGCACCUCAGGGACCGGAGGAGCAGGGGUCCAGCGCUUCAAAUCAAGCAGUAGGUUCAGCUGGAAAAUCGUUCGACAGUAAUUGUAUUUCGCCGGGGACAGAGUUCAUGGCCUCAUUCUUUCGUCACCUUCGUUUCUACUGCGAAAAAAAAUUCCAAGAAGAUGCGAGGUGGAGGGGCUUGAAAGUGCUUCUGUCGGGUCCGGAUGUCCCGGGGGAAGGGGAGCACAAAAUUAUGGCGUACCUACGAUGCUGUAAGGCCGCUGGAAGUGCUGACCCCAACACGCGGCAUUGCCUGUACGGCCUUGACGCAGAUUUGAUCAUGUUAUCCCUUGCGUCCCACGAGCCGCAGUUUGCGUUGCUGAGGGAAGAAGUCGUCUUUGGCCGCCCCAGUACAAUCGACGCGAACGAUAAGGUUCGUUCCGUGUGGUCUUACCUCCACCACGAGGGAUUUUUCACCUUCACUUUCUGGAUGGUUUAG